CGCCCCUCCGCGGUGGUGAUGACGACGGCACUUCCUGAUUCACCUGUGCAGGUCAACAACAACAGUAGAUUCCGGAUCAAUGAUCGAUGAGCAGAGAACAUCUGAAACCAGAGAAGGUUCACCUGAACUCCACCUGGCAUCUGAGGAUGAAUGACCACAUGAAGACGCAGCUCGUCAGCGCCAUCCACCUGCAGGAGGUGGAGCUGCAGGACAAACCUGCAGGCGAGCGGCAGGGCACGACGAGCGGAAGCGACGAUCUCACAUACACGGUGGAAGACGCUGUUGAAACUAUUGGCUUUGGUCGUUUCCACAUCCUCCUCUUCGUCAUCAUGGGGAGCUCCAAUAUCGUGGAGGCGAUGGAGAUCAUGCUGUUGGCCGUAGUUUCCCCUGAGAUCCGAUGCGAGUGGCAUCUGGACGACUGGCAGGUCGCACUCGUCUCCACUAUGGUCUUCUUUGGGUUCAUGGUGUGUGGCGUUCUGAGUGGAUACGUCUCCGACAGAUACGGACGCUGGAAGGUGGUGUUCGGAGGCUUCGUGUGGAGCGCCUACUUCUCCCUCCUCACGUCGUUCGCUCCGUCGUAUGGUUGGUUCAUCUUCCUGCGCAGCAUGGUCGGCUGCGGUGUCGCAGGAGUGUCACAGGGGUUCGUGUUGAAGACGGAGUUCAUCCCAGCGAAGCACCGAGCGUACCUGCUGCCUCUCGCCACUGUGUUCUGGAUGUUGGGCUCGAUGCUCAUCAUCAUCCUGGGGAUGCUGGUGGUUCCCUCUCUGGGCUGGAGGUGGAUGAUCCGGAUCUCUGUGGCCCCCAGCAUCAUCCUCAUCUUCCUCUUCCGGUUCAUUCCAGAGUCGGCUCGUUACAACGUGUCGGCAGGAAACAUCCCGGCUGCCGUGGAAACUCUGACGAAGAUUUCCAAGAUGAACAGAUCGUCUCUUCCUCCAGGACGACUGGUGGAGACGUCAGCGGAACAAAGAGGCAGCUGGAGGAUUCUGCUCAGUUCAUCCUUCAGGACAACGUCGUUACUGCUCUGGUUCUCAUGGUUCGUGGCGUCCUUCUCGUACUACGGUUCCGUCCUCAGCAGUUCUGAGCUGCUGGAGAAGAACUUGCUGUGUGUGAAGGACGCAGACAGGGAGCACCAGGUCAAACACCACCUGGAGGACGGACUAUGUUACUGCAUCGCCUUCGCUAACAGCGACUACCAGACGCUGCUGAUCAGCAGCCUGGGGGAGGUCGCACUUGUUCCAUUAAACAUCUGUCUGCUCAACGUGUUUGGACGGAGGAGAACUAUGACGGUGUUGCAGCUGCUGGCGGCCAUUUUGUUCAUGCUGAUCAACAUCUGCACGACCAUGUUUGGGUUCACAGUGCUUCUGUUCCUGCUUCGUUCUCUGGUCUCCAUGAACUUUAAUGUGGUUUAUAUUUACACGGCAGAGGUGUAUCCCACAGUGGCCCGGUCUCUGGGGAUGGGGUUCUGUACGUCAUUCAGCCGGAUCGGAGGAAUGAUCGCACCGUUCAUCGCUCAGGUGCUGAUGUCUCAGUCGGUGAUUCUGGCGCUCAGUCCGUUCGCUGUGGCCUGUGUGAUCUGUGGUCUUGGAAAUUUUCUCCUGCCGAUAGAAACUAAAGGACGAGCUCUCCUGCAAAACAAUUGACGACAUCUCCAAACUCAACGUCUGUUACUGUUUGUAAUAUUGUUGUCAUGAGUGUAAAGAUAUUAAAUGUUACUGAGAUCAAUUUUUUUUAUUGUUCUGAAUUGUUCUGAAUUAAAUGCUGCUGUUUCAGCUGCACAGACAAUAUUCUGUGAAAAAAACUUUUUAAUGUUUGAUAAAUGAGCAGUUGGUCAGAUCUUUAAAGAUUUAUACUUUUGGGUUUAUUGGAAUAACGAUUAUAAUUAAAUACUCAGGUUAAAAGUUCCUGUUACUUUCAAUGUUGUAAUGACCACUAGGGGGAGCCUGUAGUUUAUGGAACUCUACAUAACGCUCUUUUGUGUUUGUUUGUUUGUUUGUUUGUUCUGCAGAACAUUUACAUGUUUAUGUUCAAAGUGAAAAUAUGAAUCUGUUUGAAUAUGACAAGUAACAAGGGAAUUUCUCUAGCGUGGGAUUAAUAAAAUCACGUUAUCUUCA